AUGGGGUUUGGUAACACUAUGAAGAAGCGUGAAAUAUCUGGCUCAGGUAAAGACAUCAUUCUUGAUGAGAUAUCAGAGUGUAUAUCCUAUGGGAUAAGCAGAAGAGACACCAUACAGGCUGAUGGUCAGAUGCUUGAGUUGUGGGAAACCACCGACCAGGAUGCCAGCAUUGAUUUGAUGGCUGGCAAGGGCCAGAAGGUGGCCGCUGUACCAACUGACCACAGGUCAGACUGA